UCUACACAAAUAGACCACACUAAAUUAAAAUAAUCAAAUUCAACAAAACCACCCUAUUCAUCGUUCAACACGGAUUACCUCGGUCAACGAGAAGUCUCUGGGCUAUUGUAAUGAUCGUUAGUAACUCAAUGUAGAAUUUAUAAAGCUGAUAUGCAAUCUGUCGAUAUUAGGGCUGGCAAUUUGGUCCAGGACUGUUUGGUUUUACCCGAAAUCGGACAGUAUAACUUGGACCGAGAUGGGACUGGGACCGGAUAGCAAACAAUUCAAUCUCAUAUUCGGGCUUAGAUUUGAGGUAAAAAAAUCCGGAUAAAAACCGGAUAAGAGACCCCAACACUCAAAUAGCCACAAGCUCAAUCUAAAAUCAAAAUCAAAUUGCCGGGUCAAGACCGGAGUGUAUCCAAUCCAAUCUUUGGUCCUUAUAUUCCCGAAAAGACCGGACUGGGACCGGAUCAAUUUAGUCCAAUUUAACCGGACCGGACCGUAUAGCCACCGCUAGUCAAUAUGUUAGAGCACACGAUUAAUUUGGGAUGUCAGUUGCGACAUUUUUAAACUAAGUUUCGUUAGUUCUUCAUCUAUGAUAUUUCUGAUCUUCGUGAUUGGCAGAAGAAGGGAGAAUGUGUGUCGUUUUUAGAGUAUUGAUGAAUCAUAUCGCAACCUCUAAGUUCCUAAUACACUAAGCUAGUUUUACCCAUGCAGCAGGAAGCGAACUCCCAUAAAACUCUAUAAGUGAGUAUAACUAUUUGGGUAUCCACUCAUUGAGUCGAUACCGCAGUUCACAACUUCACAUGACACGCGUGCGAAACAGACUACCAAGAACGAACGGUGAUCAAUCUCACUACCUAUCGCGCAAACUACCUAACAAGUAACAACACAUCAAAUGAGGGUUUAAUCGGAAGGAGAGAAAAAAAAAAAAAAACUACGUACCAUACCAAUAGAAAGGGACCUAAGUAGUACCACUUAAUCAAAUUUCAAAAUAUUGGUUGGUCCUGAUCCAUCGUCACAUUCUUCCUAGCUAGUCUUGGUUUAUGAACAGAAUGUUUGUGUUCAUUAUUGAAGUAGGUACCAAUAUUAGACCCACCGUUUUUCGACCACGAUGAAAAUUGGCUGGUGCUGCUGCCUACGUGUUUUCGUAGGAGUUUCGACGUGGGCUACAAAUGGAUUAUUUUUAUAUAUUAUGCUAUGGUACGUAACGUAACGUAACGCAGGUCAAGUUCCACGACAAUAUCAAUAUUGUAUUCCCUCAUACACGGCAUGUGGACCUUAUAUAUAUCUGCUAAUGGUUUCGAACGGAAAACAAAGAAAAAACCAGAGCAAUACAGAAUUACAGAACAACAAAACCAAGGAGAGUACGUACAGAACAAAAACCGUAAUAAUGGCGAGUCUCCUACGCUUAAAACUCCUCACAGUAGUACUUUUCCUUUCUCUCUAUCUUCUUGUUCACGCCACAUCGUCUUUAGCGACGACGGCCAGUGGCAAUCCUGUGUCGUCAGUAAUUAGCAACGACGAUGAUGUCGAUCCGGUGGCUAACCGUUCGAGUUUCCCGGCGGGAUUCCUCUUUGGGUCGGCGUCGUCCUCUUACCAGGUGGAAGGCGCGGUAGCUGAAGACGGAAAAGGACCUAGCAAUUGGGAUGUUUACACUAACAAGUAUGGAGGGGAACAAGACGAUUCGUCGUCAACGCAUAUUCGUCUUCGUGGUGCAGCAGGCAUGCAUCGACCAUCUCGGUUUCUCAUGAGCUCUGAUGAUCAGGAUUCUGAUUCGAAGCCCAAAGAGAGGAUAGCCGAUGGUAGCAACGGGAAUGUGGCCAUCGAUGGGUAUCAUCGCUACAAGGAAGACGUUGCAAUCAUGAAGAGUAUUGGGUUGCAGGCUUAUCGAUUUUCUCUCUCGUGGGCUCGGAUUUUACCAAAUGGAACGGUGGAAGGAGGUGUGAAUCAAGAAGGGAUAGAGUAUUACAACAAUCUCAUCAACGAACUUCUUGCCAAUGGCAUCAAACCUUUUGUAACCAUUUUUCAUUUCGACCUCCCCGAAGCCCUGGAAAGAGAAUAUGCCGGCUUCCUUAGCCCUAAAGUUGUGAAAGACUUCGUUGCAUACGCGGAUGUUUGUUUCAAGCACUUCGGAGAUCGAGUUCAACACUGGGUCACGAUCAACGAGCCUCUGUCAUACAGUUUGUUCGGCUAUGCCCAGGGGACGAUGGCACCCGGUCGAUGCUCGAAAUGGAUGAAUCUGAACUGCCCCGGAGGAGACGCCGCCACCGAGCCAUACGUAGUCGGACACCACCUCCUCCUUUCUCAUGCCGCCGCAGUGAAACUGUACAGAGAGAAAUACCAGUCGACACAAAAGGGCGAGAUCGGCACCGCCCAGGUGGUGCAAUGGGGCCUCCCUCUCUCCGAUUCGAAGCAAGAUCGCGAAGCAACGCAACGAAGAAUCGAUUUCACGCUCGGAUGGUUUCAGGAUCCACUGGCCACCGGAGACUAUCCACCGUCGAUGAGAGCUAUCGUCGGGGAAAGAUUGCCCGAAUUCUCCAAGGAGGAAUCCGAGAUGUUGAGAGGUUCCUUCGACUUCGUGGGGUUGAACUACUACACAUCUUACUACAUUUCCGACGCUCCUCCUUCAAAAUCUAUGCCUAAAAGCGCAACGACGGAUUCUCAAACCAGUUUUUCACCCGAGAAGAAUGGUGUCGACAUCGGACCAAAGGCAGGGAUAUCUUGGCAGUACAUUUAUCCCAAAGGGAUUCGAGAUGCGGUUCUCUACACAACAAAGAAGUAUAAUAACACGCCCGUUUACAUCACUGAAAAUGGCAUGGGCGAGCUCAGUAAUGAAACAUUAAGCAUCAAGGAUGCUCUUAAUGAUACUCUACGAGUAGAUUUUUACCGUCAACAUAUCGCCUACCUCGGCAGUGCAAUCAAGGGAGGUGCAAAUGUGAAAGGGUAUUUUGCAUGGUCACUGAUGGACAACUUUGAAUGGUCCGAGGGCUAUACAAUCCGAUUUGGCAUUAAUUAUGUAGACUUCAAAAAUGGAUUGAGACGAUACCCUAAACGUUCUGCCAUUUGGUUUCGAAACUUCCUCAAUAAUUAUUAAUGAUCUAUUUUAUUUUGGUAGCUUUUAUUAGUUCUUUUUUUCUUUCCGAAGAAGGCAUACCAUAUGAAAUUGGAGUAUGUUUCUUUUUUCCCCAUAGAAAUGUAAAGAAAGUAUAUAGAUACAACCCCCAACGAAUACAAAGGUUAACGCAAAUGAUACAACAAUUUUUGGAUCAUUAGAGUUGUUUUCCUUUUCCCACAUUGUAAUUUGCUGUUGAAGGACGGCUAAGAUUUAUUCAUUUGAGGGACUAAAUUACAUGUGUUGAUUACUUAGUGUAUCGAUUUUUUCAAAUUUGUUACUAUAAAUUUUUCCUCUCGUAUUAGUCUUUACCUUUAAAUCACGCGCGUUUCGCCUAAUUGGCAGUCGACAAUAAUUUUUUUUAUAAUUUAAAAUAAAAUGUAAUGUAUAUUUUUAAAAUUUCCCCUCAAUUUCUCUUCUCCGCUACCACUAACAACUCGUCUCUCUUCCCAUAUCACCAAGAUAGCCAAAUCACAAAUCUCCGGCCUCCAUUAUACCCUUCCAUCAAUAAAAACAAAGAGAGAAAAACUAGAUUGAGAGAGUUCAGAGCUCUAAUAACUAUUGUUACCGGUUGUAACUAUAUAGAACAAACCAAUAAUUACUUAUUAUAUAUUUUAGGUUUCCCACAUGUAUUGUAUUUCCUUGCUUUGUUUAGUUUGGUUUUUCUUCUCCUAUCUAAGGAAUGGCAACGAGGCAUGUUUGAGAAGGAUUUCGCUAAAUCAUUCACAUCGUCAUUUUUGUAUACUCAAACACAUACCCAUUCAAGGAGGUUUUGCUUUCAUAUCCCCAUACCCAGAGUUUUUGGAUACCUCUGGAUAACACCCUCUCUGUACAUCCUACAUUACCAAAUUUGUAAUUCAACACGUAGAUCUUUGACUUUAACACUUAACAAACAUGAUAAAUCAUGAAAUCAGCAAAGACACAACCAUUUUAAUACAAGAAUAGUCAAAAUUGCUUCGCAAAGAUACGACCGUUUUGCAUAAAAUUUUUUAUUUGAUGUGAACGAGACUACUCUACAAAGAGUUAAAACUCUUGAUUGUUUUAUUUUUUUUUCUUUUGAUUGUUUCUUCUCUCUCACUGCCAACAAGAACAUCGUCGACCUAAUAUACAAAAGAGAGAAAAUCUAACCCAGCCUCGAAUCAUGCCGGAAUAAGAAAAAAACCAAACCAAAUAAAACAAGGAAAUAGGGUUAUAGGUAUAAUAUGCCCCUCUACUAUGACGUUUUAUCAAACAUACCCAUUUACUAUUUUUUACAUCAAACAUGCCCUUGUACUUCGUAAAAAUGAUCAAACAUGCCUUUUGUUAAAAUUUGAAUCCAAAAAUCAUUAACAAUGCCGAAUUUAGUCUGGGCGACACAAAUGACUAAAAUAUCCCUAAUAAAUUCACUUUAGAAUCUUUUUGGUUCUUUUGUAUAAUCAAAUCAUUCAAAUAAUUUCACUUUGAAAAGACCAAAGGAAAUAAAACAGGGGACAAAACUGACUUUUCCCUCCUAUUUGUCGAUGUCGGGUCGUCUAAAUCUCAAUUCAACCAUGAUUGACAAUUUUUUCAAUGGAAUUUUUAACAGAAGGGCAUGUUUGAUAAUUUUUUCAAAGUACAUGGGCAUAUUUGAUGUAAAAAAUAGUAGAGGGGCAUGUUUGAUAAAACCUCGUAGUAGAGGGGCAUAUUAUACCUAUAACCCCAAGGAAAUACAAUACAUGUAGGAGGGAUGACAAUUACCCAUCUAGGAUAAUUUUACGUAAAUGCAAGUAAAUUCGUUGAUUAUAGGUAAAGCAAAGGUGAAAUAUAUAUUGAUUUUGGACUUUCUAUACCACCAUGGUGUAAUGUUAUGUAUUACUAAAAUUACCACCAUUUUUAAGAACACAAUUAAUAUAAAUUUUUUUUUAACUAGGACAUAAAAUGAAAAAGAUAUAAGCCA